CAUACCCUCCCAUUUGGCGACCCUUUUUGCUGUGAACCCCUACUUGCCUUCACGUCUUUUCCUUGUCCAUAGUCCGACCUUAUACUUAGUGCCCCUCCUAGUACUGGCUCCUCGCACUAGCCGCCAGAAAAACUCCCGCUGCCGCCAGAAAUAAAGCUACCGCGCCAGCGACCUACCGAGACUUCGACCCUCAGCAUUAUACAAUAACUUCCACACAAUAUAGACACUGUAGCUAUAGCCACUAGACCGAUAUCUUGCUAUUACUGUACUCUAUAUACUCCAUCCUCCUAUACCACCAAAGCAACUGCUAACAUUUAAUUGCGUCAAUUAGAGCAUACUUCGCUAGCACUUAUCUCAACUUUCCACAACUUUAUGCCAUUAUGAACUCCGCCUCAUAUUCCUACGCCAUAGCCAACCAGCACAGUCCCCGCGACUCAGCCCAAACAAAAUUGCCCUCAAUCCAUCUGCUUCUGUUGGAUAUACCCAGCUACCAGAAUGCAGCAGGACCUGUCCCGGCUCAGACGCCCAUGUAUAGUCUCCCACCGAUAUCGUCUACGCCUAUGACUCUCCCUGCGCUCCAGGUGUCUCCCGCUAGAUCGGCAUACUUUCCUCAGCCGCACCGCGGCGGAAGCGUGCUUCUUCCCUCGCCGGCCAGUUCUGUCGCUGGUACAAACUACCCACAUACCACCUACAGUCAUAGCCAGAACCAUAGCAACUCCGGCAGCAGCGUUGUACAGCUUCUGCCAUCAUACACUUCAUCUACAUCUUCGUCACGGUUGCUCAGUCCGGUGAACUCUCCAUAUUCUUCGGCUUCUUCCAUAGACGGCCUCAACCGCACCAGAUCAUCUUCUGACCCCAUUAUCAAAGACUCUACCCCCACUACCGAGCUCGCAAGGCCAUUUCAGCUGGUGACACCGCCACUAGUAAAAGAAGAAGAGUCUUCGGACGAAGUGCUAACGGAACUGGACUCACCACCAACCAAGAAGAACUGGAAGCCCCGUAAGAAGAGACAAUGUCCCGAAUGCAAAUUGUAUUUUUCCAAUCUUGCUACACACAAAUCUACACACUUAAAGCCAACACUGAGACCCCAUAUCUGUAAAUAUUGCAACCGUGGCUUUGCCCGGCCCAACGACUUGUUUAGACACGUCAAGUGCCACUGGAAGGAAAUCGGCAGUGACCAGGGCCAGUUUAAAUGCCCCUUCAAGAACACAGCAGUUUCUGGAGAUGAUAGUUCUGCCACGGACCACUGCUGUCACAACACCGGUAUCUUUUCUCGGUGCGACACAUUCAAAAACCACUUGAAGGCCAUCCACUUCCAGUACCCUAACGGAACCAAAAAGGACCAGAGAAUGAAGGUUUCGGGCAAGUGUAGAAUGUGCCAAGGAGAGUUUAAGAACGUAGAAGAUUGGAUAACCAACCACAUCGAACGGAACGGCUGCCCUUAUGCCCUCAAUGUCAUCAAAAAAGAAUAG